CUGUGGCUGCUGAGCUGUGGGCUCUGCUCUCAGAGGACAGCACAGGCCCUGGGGGUCAGUCUGAGGGAGCUCUGGCCACCAGCUGCUGCUCUGGGACAGAAGGCGAUCCUAGGAAUGGGGGCGGGCCGGGUGCCAUGAAGCCAGUGUGGGUUGUUACUCUUUGGUGGGCACUGCUGCUGGUGCCCAGGCUGGGGGCCACCAGGAAGGGAUCCCCAGAAGAAGCCUCUUUCUACUACGGAACCUUCCCACUUGGCUUCUCCUGGGGCGUGGGCAGUUCUGCCUUCCAGACCGAGGGUGCCUGGGACCAGGACGGGAAAGGGCCCAGCAUCUGGGACACGUUCACGCACAGCGGGAAGGGGAAGGUGCUUGGGGAUGAGACAGCAGAUGUGGCUUGCGAUGGCUACUACAAGGUCCAGGAGGACGUCAUUCUGCUGAGGGAGCUACACGUGAGCCACUACCGGUUCUCCCUGUCUUGGCCCCGGCUCCUACCCACGGGCAGCAGAGCUGACCGGGUGAACAAGAAGGGAAUCAAAUUCUACAGCGACUUCAUCGACGCCCUUCUGAAGAGCAACAUCACCCCCAUCGUGACCUUGCAUCACUGGGACCUCCCGCAGCUGCUCCAGGUCAGGUAUGGCGGAUGGCAGAAUGUGAGCAUGACCCACUACUUUAGUGAUUAUGCCAACCUGUGCUUUGAGGCCUUUGGGGACCGGGUGAAGCACUGGAUCACUUUCAGUGACCCUCGGACAAUGGCAGAAAAAGGCUAUGAGACGGGCCACCACGCACCCGGCCUGAAGCUUCAUGGCACCAGCCUGUACAAGGUGGCACACCACAUCAUCAAGGCCCAUGCCCAAGCCUGGCAUUCUUACAACAACAUGUGGCGCAGCAAACAGCAAGGUCUGGUGGGGAUUUCACUGAACUGUGACUGGGGGGAGCCUGUGAACAUUAGUAGCCCCCGGGACAUAGAAGCCGCCGAGAGAUACCUGCAGUUCUGCCUGGGCUGGUUUGCCAACCCCAUCUAUGCUGGUGACUACCCCCGAGUCAUGAAGGACCGUAUUGGAAGAAAGAGUGCAGAGCAAGGCCUGGAUGUGUCGAGGUUACCUGUGUUCUCACGCCAGGAGAAGAGCUAUAUAAAAGGCACAUCUGAUUUCUUGGGAUUAGGUCAUUUUACUACUCGCUACAUCACAGAAAGGAACUACCCCUCCAGCCAGGGGCCCAGCUACCAAAACGACCGAGACUUAGUGGAACUGGUUGACCCAAACUGGCCUGAUCUGGGAUCUAAAUGGCUAUAUUCUGUGCCAUGGGGAUUUAGGCGGCUCCUCAACUUUGCUCAGACGCAGUAUGGUGAUCCUCCCAUAUAUGUGACAGAAAAUGGAGCACCUCAAAAACUACCCUGUACUCAGUUAUGUGAUGAGUGGAGGAUUCGAUACCUUAAAGGAUACAUAAAUGAAAUGCUAAAAGCUAUAAAAGAUGGCGCUAAUGUAAAAGGGUAUACCUCCUGGUCUUUGUUGGAUAAGUUUGAAUGGGAGAAAGGCUACUCGGAUAGAUAUGGACUCUACUAUGUGGAGUUCAACAACAGAAAUAAGCCACGCUAUCCAAAAGCUUCAGUUCAAUACUACAAGAAGAUUAUCACUGCCAACGGGUUUCCUAAUCCAAGAGAGGUGGAAAGCUGGUACCUCAAAGCCUUGGAAACUUGUUCUAUCAACAACCAGAUGCUUGCUAUAGAGCCUCUACUCAGUCACGUGCAGAUGGUGACGGAGAUCGUGGUACCGACAGUCGGCACCCUCUGUGUGCUCAUCGCUGCAGUCCUCCUGACGCUUCUCCUGCGGAGCCAGGCCUGA